AUGAAUAAAUCUUCAGUGAAAUACAACACGCCUGAAGCAUCCACCAAUUCCACAACUCAUUCCAUUGGGCUAAUGAACAGCCUGGACAUUGGGAACAUGUGUUUGUACAGCAUCAAUUUCCUAUUUGGUCUUCCUGCACACUCCUAUGUUAUAUGGCUCAUUGUGAGAGGAACUGGAAUUGCAUCAGGAUUCUUCAGCCUCAAUCUCUCUGUUUGUGAGAUUGGUAACUGCUUGAAUAGUUUGUUCUCUGUUGUGUCAAUUUGGUUCAAAAGUCUUUCAACCUUUGCUAUGUUUUUAUCAGGACUAGUCUUCACUGGUCGUCCCCUGUUUCAGUGUCUGAUAUGUGUUGAGCGUUACCUGGCAGUGGUUCAUCCUGUAACUUUUCUAAAGUUCAAACCUCUCAGAUACAGAGUGAUCUGUUCCACUGCUGCGUGGAUCAUUACUCUUGGGGCCUGUUUGUUCUGCAUGUUUUGUUUAGUCUCACUUAACAUGUAUGCACAAACAUGGUUCUACUGUAUGCAGUUCUUGUCCAUCCUCUUCAUACAGUUGUUUUGCCUUUUGGCUGUUCUCAGAGCUCUGAAGCAGUCAGGACCAGGAGAGAGAGGGAGAGAGAGAGGGGAGGAAAACCACAUGAAGAGAAGAGCAUUUUAUAUCAUUCUAAUAACUACUGUGAACAUGGUUAUCUUAUAUCUCCCAUUUAUUAUCUCAGGACUAUUUGUUAUUCUGACAAAACAGUACAUUGAGGCACUUUGGCUCACAGGUUUGAUUUCUUAUGUGCUGGCUGGUUUUGUGCAACCUGUUCUUUAUCUGCACUGUGCUGGAAAACUCCCCUGCCUCUGUUCACCAUAA